CAUACCGUCACCCCACAUUUACUAAUCACAUACCAUAAAUCUAUAAGAACGUGGAUGGCGCGAUGCUCGAGUUGUAAGCAUCGACGUAAAUAUUGCGGGGGCAGGUCCCACCGCGGUAAGUGCGCCGAAUGCGCACGACUCAACCUUACUUGUAUCUUCUUGGAACAAUCGAAUGGCGCACGGGCUCACCGGCAAAGCAACUCACAGGGUCGACGCCCAAGAACUCACUCUUCGAAUUCUCCCGGAUUAUCUCUGGAUCGCAGGCCGGCCCAGACUGCUGCUUGGGAGAAGCCACAGAUAGCACCGGCUGCUGUCGGCAUACCACAGAGCGCUGGAGCGACUGGCCCCGCGUGCGCUCCUCCGCAUCCCUUGCUACAGACGUACGCCGAAUUGAACAUGCAACCUAUCCCAGUGACAGCAGUUGCGAUGGAACCUCUGCUACGAGGCCAAGGAUCUCAAGACUAUCUGCAUCAGCCAGAUGGCAUGAGCGAAAGUAACGCCACUUGGAAUAAUUUGGCCAGGUCCAACCUUGCAGGACAAGGGUCUGAGUGGUUCGAGUCGAUGGACGUGGCUGCAGGAGUACACGGUUCUUUGCUCGGUUCUGUUGGGCACCGUCAAGGCCAAGGCCACAAUCACGAUUUUCCGCCGAUAGCUCCCUCUCCAGCGGCGAGUCUGGGACCCGCGACCCCUUGGAAUAUGCCAGACCCCGCCAGUCCCGGAAAUGCUUUUGGAGCGGGGCGAACUGCAACACUCCAACAAGAACAGUUUGGGAGACAACGUCACCCUUUGGUCGACCCUCCUACGACAGACGAUCCAUCAGUGGAUCUCACUCGGUUCCAACGACAUAUCAUAUUUGCGCUUCCUGGAGUAUUCCGCCUGGUUUUCGAACUCGAGGGUAAUGUGCAGGGUGGCGAAGACCUUCGUGAUCUACUCAACCAUGAGAGCAGUGGCAGUUAGCGGUGUUGAAGUGAAUACCGCAAUAUUCGCACAGCCUCGAUUCUGAGCUGGAUCUUCGGGAGUUGGUGGAUACGUGUCAGUCUCGAUAGUCAUUGUUCUCCCGCAUCUCCCCUUUUCUCCUGCCUGGUGACGCUCGUAGUAAAUGCACUGAAAUCUUUUCUGUCUGCACUGGAUGCUGAUUGCUUGAUAUGUCCGGUCACAUCUUACGGUUGUACUGUGCAGCAGGUUGAAAGGACGGUUCACCAAUCAUACACUAAUCCAUC